AGAGUAUAUGCAGUUAUUGAAGGAGACUCCGUCAGUUCACAGUCAGUCCCGCUGGGAAGGUGUGAAGGCCGAUCUAGAGUACGAUCCCCGCUACCGUGCUGUACCUACAGAUUCUCAAAGGGAGGACUGGUUCGAUGAAUAUAUACAGAAAUUGAAAAAGGAAGAGUUUAGAGAGCUUCUACAGGAGACCCCCGACAUUACAAGUUACACAAGGUAUGAUGAUGUGAAGGAAGAACUAUCACAUGACCAACGAUUCCAGAACGUUGAUACCGAAGCUCAGAGAGAAGAAUACUUUAACGAAUACAUUCAAGAUUUGAAAAGAGCACAUUACGUUCAGUUGUUACAAGAUACGCCUGACAUCACAGCAUAUUCCGAGUUUCAUCAAUCCAAGCAUCUCAUUGACACUGACCCACGCUACCAUGCCGUCGACACAGAUCUAUACAGAUCUAAGUGGUUUAACAAAUAUGUCAAUGAUCUGGCUGGCCGCAAUUAUGGAGAUGUUGACUAUGGCUUGAGAAUCGGUGGCUUCAAGUCAAUUGAUAGGAAGCUUGAAUUCAUUCCUGUAGAGCCUUCAACAACGACAAAGAAGAACAAAUCAAGAGAAGAGCCAAUGCCUUUCUUUGAACCAACCGGUGAAACGGACGUUGAUUCUCUCGGCAGAAAGAAGGUACCACCUCCCGUCGCUAAGAAACCACGUGGAUCCGGUGCCUACGAUACAGAAGAUAGUCUUUUAAAUAGUCAUACUGGAGUGCCUGUAACUGUGAGGACGGAAUCUUACAAGUACAGCCCAGACGUGAAUGAUGUACCUCGAUCCACGUCAAAUAUCCCUAUUGUUGAAACAAAGACGCAUAAGGUAACAUACGAAAAAGAUGGCAUACCAUAUGAAACAGAAGAUAGUAUAUUAAUCAGCGCUCAUUCAGUGACCACUAAAUCACAGACCAUCGAUACCACUACAUAUAAAACAGAGAGGGAUGGAGUUGUAGAAACACGUGUUGAGAGAAAGAUUACUGUCACCAGUGAUGGCGAUGAUGAUUUGGACCAUGAUGCUUUGUUGCGGGCAGCCAUCGAGCAAGUGACAAACAUGAAUCCAGAUUUGUCAGUAGAGAAGAUAGAAUGUAUGAGACAAAUAGAAGAAGUAAAUGGCAUAUGAAAGGUUUAAAUAUGUAAGUAUUGUGUGCAAAUAUUCUGUCUCAUUU